UCUUUGAGUUCCGAUUUCCUUGUGGGUGGAGAAGAAAUUCCGGUUCCGGGUGUUUUUUAUACUUCUCUCGGAGGUGUCCAUUUGUCUGAUUAUGGUCUUAAAUUACAGUUCUUACAAUUCACAGAUAUUAUCGAUAUAUUGAGUUUUAUUGGAAAACAGACGGCAUAUCCGUGAAGAUGACGACCCGUUCAGAGAGAGAGAAGGCCCAGAAACUCAACGAGCAACAUCAGGCCAUCCUGUCAAAAAUGCUGAGGGAAGACGACAACAAAUAUUGCGCCGAUUGUGAGGCGAAAGGUCCAAGAUGGGCGUCCUGGAACCUGGGGGUCUUCAUCUGUAUUCGGUGUGCUGGUAUCCACAGGAACCUCGGGGUGCACAUAUCACGGGUCAAAUCUGUCAACCUGGACCAAUGGACCUCAGAACAAAUCCAGAGCGUACAGGACAUGGGGAACACCAGGGCCAGGAAGCUGUAUGAGGCCAACCUUCCAGACAACUUCAGACGGCCCCAAACAGACCAAGCAGUGGAGUUCUUGAUCAGGGACAAGUAUGAGAAGAAGAAAUACUACAGCAAGAAUGUGACCAAUGGGGGGAGUCCGAAAGAGAAAGAGACCAAGAGAGAGAAGGAAUCCGACCGAGGAGCAAAGCUGUCAUCGUACGGCAAGAGCGAAGAGCCCCGGCCACUCCCCAAAGUUAGCCCAGCGAAGCCCACAGAACCAUCCGUCAACCUCUUAGGCCUCGACGCUCCCGCAGUAGCCUCAGCCCCCACCUCCAGCACAGCCCAGAACAACGACGACCUGGACAUCUUCGGCCCCAUGGUCUCCAACCCCCUCCCCGUCUCCACGGCAGCAGCACAGUUCUCUCAGGCGAGCUCCAGUAACCCCGCCAGCACCCCGACACAGGCCCCGGCAGGCGGAGGGGGCGGCGGGGCCUCGGGCCAGGGCGACCUGGACCUGUUCAGUGAGACGGGCGGCAAGGCGGAGGACGCGGCCAAGAAGCCGCUGUCCAAAGACUCCAUCCUGUCCCUGUACGGCAGCAGCAGUAUGCCCCAGCAGGCCCCUGCUGGGACGGAGCCAUAUGCAUACGCUGGUAUGUUCAUGGGCCAGCCCCAGAUGCAGUUCCCUGUCCAGGCCCCCGCUGGCUACCAGGCUUUCCCUGGCAUGGGCGCCGCCAUGCCCCCCACCACCGUCAUGGGGGCCAUGAUGGCACAGAGCGGGGCGGCCAUGAUGGGUCCCAACACGGGCAUGAUGGUCGGCAUGACCAUGCCCAACGGCUUCAUGGGCAACGCGCCUGCCGCGGGGGUGAUGGGCAUGGCUCCCCGGAUGAUGGGGCCCCAGGGAGGGGCGAUGCCCGCGGGGAUGGUGCCCGCUCAGGGCAUGUAUGCCAUCCAGCCCGGGCAGCAGGCCCAGUGGAACAUGGGACAGAUGAACCAGCAGAUGUCAGGGAUGACGCUGAACGGAGCCCCUGGUCAGAUGGCCUUUGGUCAGCCCGCUGCAGCCAUGGGGGGGUGGGCGCCCCCCCCCUCUGGCCAGACCCUCAGCACACAGCUCUGGAAGUGACCCCCUCCCCCCCCCCCUCCCUCCUUAAAAAAUACAUGGGGUGAAAGGGUGUGCAGAGGAAGAUGAGAGGAUUGCUGGAUGGGGGUUGGAAAAUCUCGUCGACCCCCUGGGAAACCUCACUGAAAACUGCCGCCGGUUUUGUGACCACUGUUCAGAACAUCUAACUUGUAUCUUUCCCUCCUUCUCUCUUUCUCUCUCUCUCUCUUUCUCUCUCUCUUUCCUGUCUCGUAUCUCUUUCUCGAUUGUGUGAGUGAAUGGGAAGUCGUACAGCAUCGCAGGCUGGCAGUUUGUGCCUGUCGUGUUUUUGAUCGUCACUCUUUUUUCUUUUUUUUUUCUUCUUUUU